CUGGCAUAAUUCAAAAUUUUUGUUCAAAUAUGAAAACUAGACGGGCUUAGUUUUUUUUUUACGAUAACUGGUAACAGAGACCUGGCUUUAGCUUUGGUAGACGUUUGCUACCACUCAGAUAAAACCCUCUACGUUAGCGUUAGCUGGCGUAGCUAACAUUAGCUAAUGCUCAACAAGAUGGCCAGGAGUGUCUGGAGUUUUAGCGUGCUGCUGGUCGUGUAACGGUGCUUAUAAUGCCUGGUUUUUACAGAGAUGAGCGGUGAGAACGUGAAGUUGUUUGUAGGGAACCUUCCUAUAGAUGCUACGCACGAAGAACUGAACAAGCUCUUUGGUCCAUAUGGAGAGAUCAACACCUGCUCGUUGCUGAGACAGUAUGCUUUCGUUACCCUGAAGGGAGAGGGGGCAGCAGACAGGGCGAUACGACAUCUUGAUGGCAAAGAGUACCGAGGCAGACCCCUGGUAGUCGAAGAGUCACGAGCACGCCCACCCAACUCCACUAAAGUGUUUGUGGGGAACCUCAGCGCUACAUGUUCAGCAGAUGACUUGCAUGGGCUGUUCUCAACCUUCGGAAGAGUUUUAGACUGUGAUAAAGUCAAAGCAAGGUUAUGCUCAAAUGUCGGCUAUGCAUUCGUGCAUAUGGAGAGGAAGGAGGAAGCCUUGGCGGCUAUUGAGGCACUCAAUGGGACCAUGUUCAAGGGGCGUCAGUUGGCUGUAGAGCUGUCCAAAGCCCAACCUCUGAUAAAUCAGAUUAUGACAGCUGGAAAUUCAGCUAACCCCACAGGUGCUGUAACAGCAGGUGGCAGAGAGGGUCUUCUUCCACGACCGCCUCCGUCACUAGAGCAUCAUCAGAGUCAAGCAGCUGUGCUUGCUGCAGCUGCAGCUGCUGCAGCUGGAUUACCCAUACAAGUUCAACAAAGUGUCCAUAACUCUUUCUACAACACCACAUCCUUUGACCCCACCUACGCUGCUCUGAAAGGGAUCACCAGUUCUAAAGGUGCAGAUGGAGUCAUAUAUGGAGCUCUUGCCAGCCAAGUGUAUGGAUCUGUAGCUGACCAGGUGUUUCAUGAGCUGGCAAAUCACAAUUCUGCAGCGGCUGCAGUUGAGGAAGAGGUGGAGCCCCAGACUGUACCAGAUCCAACAACACUUUUCGAAGCAGCGAGAGCCAAGUUCUUUCAGGAGGGACAGAAGGUUCUGGCAGAGCAGCAGGCAGGGAGAAAGGCAGCACCUUCAGAUAAUGAGCGGGACCGCAGCCCAAUACGAGGAAAUCGAGCUCCUCUCCUCCCUGACCCUGUUCCGGGUUCAUUUGCUCAGAUACGCCCCAAACGACGUGCCCUGCUUCCAACACCACCUGGAGCACCUGAAGACCCCGUCGCUGCCACCACCACCACAACUCCUGAAGGAGCGGAUCCUGUUGCGAGGUCAUAUACAGAAUACUACCAACAAAUGCAUCAGUACCAACAGUAUCAACAGUACCAGCAACAGUACCAGUACCUCCAGUAUGCCUACACCAAUCCUCCACCACCACCUCCGCCUCCACCGGCAACCACACAGGCACCUGCUUCCACCACAACCCCUGCACCACCAGGGACAUAUACAGCACUCCCGACAUAUGCCGCAUCGGAUUCCUAUGCAGCACCAGGAACGUACGACACUUCGGGAAGUUAUGACGCCUCAUCGGGGAGCUACGACGCUUCAUCCGGGAGCUACGAUGCCUCGUCUGGAAGCUACGACGCCUCAGCGGGCUAUGACACAUCUGGAGGCUACGGGGCACCGGGAGCAUAUGAUUCAUCGGGAGCUUACGGAGCGGGAAGCUACUCCACCUCCACACCGUAUGAGCAGACACCCGCACACGGGCAACCCAUGCCCCCGCGCCACGAUUACCCUUACCACACGCCAGAACCCCCUUAUCGAUAGUCCCACCCCCCUCCCACACGCUCCUUUACACAUGGCAGAUGUGUGAUUGUGUGUGUGCGCGUGUAUGUGUUUGUGUGUGUGUACGUCAGCGAGCAUACAUAAGGGACAGUUUAAAGGCAAAAAACAAGAGAGUGGGCAAGGUUGUGAUUCUCCCCUGUUUCUCCAUCUUGACCAACUAGUCUCUCAAUGGAUGAUUACUCAGUUAAGUGGAUGAUUAUGAGCUAGCAAGGUCUCUGGAGUAGUGGAGAUGAGGGAGGCAGCUGAUACUGGAGUGCUGUUAAGCAUUAAUAGUUCCUGUUAGAUGUGAUAUAGAGGCACAGCUGGUUCCUUGUUGAAUGUUAAAGCUUAAAUUUUGCCUCAAACAAGGUUGGACUCAGAAGGUGGGUUUUUGUCACUUCAGAAGAGCUUUCUGUUCGGUGUCAGGCGAAGCCAUUUUAUGUACUCUACAUAAAAGAUUGUUGCUGCAUGAAAUGUGCAGUCUGGCAACUCAUCGUAUAUUGCAGACAAAAAUACAAAGUACAGAUAAGUAAAUUAUAAACCGGUUUUAUCCAUGGAAACAUAUCCUGUCCAACUGGGACUGUAUGGCUUUGUUAUUGUUUUUAUAAAACACUAAUUUCUCUACAGGCCCAUGAUGUUCAUUCAUGACGGCCAACUUUGGGUUGGCUGCAAUUUAAUGUGCUGUUGAGCUGUAUUGCUUUAUACUAAUUGUUUCUAUCAUUUUGUCCCCUUUUGUAUAUCUGUCAGGGUGUUGAAGAACAUCUCUUUGUAUAAUGUUGUUCAGUUAGACAGCACCUCAAACUGCAGUCUGCUAUGAAGAACACAAAGUUGACUCAGCACAUCUCCAACAAUAACAAAGUACAAACAGUUGUGCUUGCAUAUUUGUUGUGGCUUUUGUAGAGUAUGUAACGAGGCUUAGUCUGAAGUCAUUUGUAGCGAUGCUUUCGUAACAAUAAACCUGUUUUGAUCAGACGCACAACCUCUACAUGUAAUAUGGUGUUUGAAGAUGGAAAGCAGAGAUGAGGUAAAAGGAAGUUUGAGUGGUUAAUCAAAUUGAUUGUUUCAUUUACUGAGGAAAUUUGAUCCCGUACAGAUUGAAAUUGUGUUGUUAAAUUGACCAGAUGGCAUCUCAAAUAAUGUAUCAGGCUGGUUUCACUUAAGCCCCUUUCAGACAUGGGAUAGAAAACAUCAGUCUUGUAGAUUGACAGCACUUGGAUUAUACAUGAAUUCUUCUCACGGCUUGGUUCAGGCACACAAACAGCUUUCAAUAUAUCCAAAAGACCUAUCUCACUGGUGUCAUUGGGCAUUGUAAGCAUCACUCUGUAGAUGUAGUUUCACUUGAGAACAUUUGUUCUCUCCUUCAUCGUCAGUACCAGCAGGGUUUCUCUGAUUUUGAGUGUGUGGGCUGCCGACUGAGCAGCUUCUCCCACACAAGCUCAGAGACAUCAUCCUGUCUUCUGGACUGAAUAAAGCAAACACAUACACUUGAUUAUUGUUUUUGACGCACAUGUGACAGCAUGCAUCCAGACAUGCACCAUAUUAAAAGAAAUAUGUAAGUCUUACUAGGUAGACCUAGUGAGAUUGCUGUGUCUGAAAGGGGUUUUAGCUGACGGUGUAGUCUUAAAAAAAAAAUAAAAGAAUGGGGGCUGUUCACAUGAAAACAUUUCCCGAGCUUACUCAUUUGCAGGGUGAGAGGAGUGACUUUGAGGUAAAUUUCUAGACCAUCCUCCUAACAUACAAGAGUUGGACUGGUUUUUGAUGGAUAUAAGCAGUGUGUGAAUAACCUGCUUGAUGUUUCAUAGUUUUGCUAUUUUGGGCAGUAUCGAUUAAAGCAGAGUAGACCCACAAGAGUGCAUGAUUUCAGUUGAGGUAGAUGAUUAUAAUUUACCUUACUUUUCUUCCCCUCUUGGCUUUCUGUAAAUCUUGAGGUCUGUGCAAACAAAAAUAUGUUCCAACCUCAGGAACUGAAUAUGUCCUGUCAGUUUUUGCUUUAAAGGUCGGUUUUGCCUUUAAAUGUCAGAACAGUCUUCACGUAAUUUAGUAGUUAUUCACACUUAGUUCUUGUUUUGUGUUCAAUGCAUCCACAUCUUUCUCUGAUUAUAAGCAACAUUCAGUUGUUCAAUAGUUUUGGGGUUUUUUUUUGUUGGUUUUGUAUAUAUGUGAAUUUAUAAGAGCCAGGAGGAAUGUCAGCAAGCGAUGCAUGGCCAAUGGAGCUAAUAGAAUUUGAGCAAUUAAAAUUCAACUUUUAAUUUUUCUUUCCUC